UUACUUACGUUACGAGUCGGCUUUCUCUUCUGUUCCAUCUUCGGUCCGUGACUUGAGAUCGGCGAACCCUAGCUUGUCUUGUUCCUGGUGAUCGAUGGCCCGUACGAAGCAGACCGCUCGCAAGUCCACCGGCGGCAAAGCGCCCCGGAAGCAGCUCGCCACCAAGGCCGCGAGGAAGUCGGCGCCGACGACCGGUGGUGUGAAGAAGCCCCACAGGUACCGCCCCGGGACGGUGGCUCUACGUGAGAUCCGCAAGUACCAGAAGAGCACGGAACUGCUGAUCCGGAAGCUGCCUUUCCAGCGGCUGGUGCGCGAGAUCGCGCAGGAUUUCAAGACCGACCUUCGGUUCCAGAGCCACGCUGUGUUGGCGCUGCAGGAGGCGGCGGAGGCGUAUCUGGUAGGGCUCUUCGAGGACACCAACCUCUGCGCCAUCCACGCCAAGCGGGUUACCAUCAUGCCCAAGGACAUCCAACUCGCCCGCCGUAUCCGUGGUGAACGUGCUUAAGACGUCGAUGGAUGAUAGCUUAGCCCUCCUUUUCUCGUCGAUGGAUUGAUCCUCUUAGGAAAAGAACUAAAUAGAUAAAUUUCUGAUCGUGUUCUGUGGACCUUUAUAUAUGAUAGCUAAUCUAAUUGUAAAUUACUGGAAACUACAUGCAAUUAUUGGUGUGGGUUAAUAUUUCA